AUGGCUGCUCAAGUCCCACGCAACUUUAAGCUCCUCGCCGAGCUCGAGAAGGGCGAGAAGGGCAUGGGUGCCUGCUCAUAUGGCCUGGAAGACCCUGAGGACAUCCUCAUGACCAACUGGCGAGGAACCAUCUGGGGACCUCCUCAUGGCCAACACGAGAACCGAAUCUACGAGCUCAAGAUGGAGUGCGGUCCAAACUACCCCAAGGAGCCCCCGGUCUUCCACUUCGUCAGCCAGAUCAACCUUCCGGGCGUAAACCAGCACGAUGGCCGCGUCGACCAGAACGCCGUCGCCAUCCUCCGUGACUGGGAGCGCAUCGCGACCGAGCUGUCCAAGAACCCCCGGCCCAAGGAGGACCCACUGAGCCUUGAGGCUGCUCUGAUUGCGAUAAGGAAGUACAUGGACGAGCACAAGAAGCUGCCCCAGCCUCCUGAGGGCUCCAAGUAUGCCAUUUACAAGGCUCUUCUCCGCCAAGUGCCACACAUAUCGCUCCCGGCUGACGUGACAUCCCGCCCAGGAUGGAUCAACCCCAUCCGAUUCCUCAUCCGCGCGGGCUUCCGCCGUAACAAGAACGACACCUCCCCGCGCCUCGUCACGUCCGCCCUGCAGAACGGCUACCGCUUCCUCACCCUGCUCACGCGCGCGCACGACGCUUCCGUACCACAGCACAGCGAGAUCGUGGCCUUCCUGCGUGACCGGCAGAGCAGGUUCCCGCCUCCGCCGCCACCAGGCGCCCCAGCAAAGGAGAAGGAGGAGGCAGCAGCCAAGAAGAGCGCGGCGAGGGCGCGCGCCGCGGCGGUGCCCCUCCUGACGCGGGUCAGCGCGCCGGGCGAGAAGCCGGUGUACAAGGCGACGGUGCGGCCGCUGCCGCUGAGCGAGCUGUCGGGCGGGGUGCGCAAGGUGCCCGUGCUGGACCAGGCGACGGCGGGCCACACGUUCCUGCGGAUAGGCAAGCCCCAGUCGCACUUCCUGGGCAGCUUCUUGCACCGGAAAGGGGACGCGCGGCAGCGGCGGAUCACGCUCGUGCAGGAGCUGCAGGACGAGCACACGACGCAGGCGCGCGACGAGGACAGGUGGGAGGCGGAGCUCGUGCGGCUCGCGCGCGCCGAGGGCCGCCAGUUGCCAGUGGGUUACGGCGCCGAUGGCGGGCGGGGGGAGUCGUACGAGCAGGCUGUGCGUGUGGGCAUCAGAUACGCCGGCGAGGGGCUCACCCGGGAGGCGGAGGAUAUGUUUGCUCGGGCGAAGGCGAUGCUGGAUAUUGUUGAGGCGGAGAAGAAGCUCGCUGAGGCUGAGGCUAAGGACAGGAAGAGGCUGAAGAAGAGGGAGCACGCUACUAGGAAGCGGGAGAGAAAGGAAGAGGCCGAGCGAGCGGAGCGCAGGCGUCUGUGGAAGGAGGCGCGAGAACAGGAGGAACAAGAGCAUCAGACGUGA